AUGAUCGCACAACGAGCAAAGGCCGAUCAUCGGAUCUGGGACCACCAACUAACCGAAAUAGCGUUCGCAAUAAAUACAUCACAACACGACUUGACAAAAACAUCAGCAGCUGAGAUAAACUUCGGGUACACACCGGCUACAUCAAAACAAAUCCGUAAAGAAGGGAACGUGCCUAACGAAGAAGCCACCGCCGCGCCGACCCUCACCGAGCUUUGGCAAGAAAUUUCUCGCAACUUGUCUACUGCAGCAAAACGCCAGAAGAAAUACUACGAUUUGCGCAGACGACCGUGGAAGCCACUUAUCGGCGAGAAAGUACUCAAAAGAGAUCAUCCGCUCUCUUCCGCAGUAAACAGCUUUGCACAGAAGCUUGCUCCGAAAUACUCUGGCCCGUAUAUCGUCAGAAAAUUCAAGUCGACCAGUACAGUCGAACUCGUGAAUCCCAACGCACCAGGUGGGCGUACCAUCCACGUGCAUCUGCAAGAUCUAAAACAGUUGCCAACCGAAUUCUAA